AUGCUCAACGGUCGCAGGGACUUCCAGUCGGUACGAACUGUGAUCCUGGAGUUGGACGUUUCAGAAAAGCAGGUUCUUCCGAGGCCGCCGACGGUUCAGAGUUCCUCGAAGCCGACUUUCGUGGUCACAGAGGAGCCUGCCGAGGACGAAAUCGAGCAUGAGGACGAGACGUGCACUCCGUUCUUCGAGACAGAGUUCGAGGAGGACGAGCUUCACGCCAUUGUGGUUUCGCUUGACUCUCAGGAUCUGGCCGAGGAUGAGAUAGUGAACAUGUUUGCCAAAGUGACUUCGGGCAUUCGACAAUGGAGAGAGGACUGCAAGAAGCCGAUUAGGAGCAAGGGCGGCCGACUCAAGGAAAAAGGCGCUGUGGGAGCCUCGUACUGCUUCCAUAUCUCGUCGGACGCCGACCAGACAGGCUGUUCGUGGGCCAGCUUCGACGAGUUCCUGAACCUCGCCGAGCUUUCGAGUGUGGCGGUUCCCUUGCGUGACGAGAUCCCCCUCGCUAACGUGGGCACCUUAGCAUUGGCUGAUACAGCCGCUGGACAAGCACUGGUGGGAUCUCCAGAUCUUGAGCGGAUGGUCAGGGCCUUCAAGAAGCGCGGCUACAAGAUCCAUGUCAACAAGGGCGAGACCAACCUCCCGGCCGCGAACGGACUUGGUGGCAAGUCUACUCCGGUCGGCAAG